AUGCCCCAACCAGAGUACAUAAAUGAGCGAUUAGAGGCUCUAAAUGACAUUGACAAAGAGCUGGUAAUCAUAUUAUCGAAUGCCUCACAAGUUAUUGGGACUUUAGCCGGUUUAAAGAGCGGAAACGAAGCUAUGAAACCUCAGUUCGAAUCCCAUGUAAAAGCGUUUUAUAGCAGCUUAGAAAGGGCCUCUGUGGAUCUAAGACGUGAAAUUAAACAUCUGGACGAUAAUAUUGGCACUAGAUUGUUGCCCAUUAAUCUGGAUAAGAAGGCUACAGGUCAAGAUGAUGAGAAAUUGCAAGAACAAUUGGAACUCUUGGAAAGGGAGCUAAAAAGGCAAUAG